AUGGUGCCAGGCCAGGCCGAGCCAGGCCGCCGCCUCCCCAGUCCGCCUCCGCCGCCGCCGCCACCGCCACCGCCGCCGCCCCCGGCAGCCGCCACCGUCCGGCCCGCCCCCCAGAGCCUGGCUCUCAUAGGGCCCGAGCCGAAGUCCAGCCGCUCAUUGGCCGUCCGAGCUGCCACUCGAGAGCAGCAGGGUAGGUGGUGCCCCGUCACGUGCCGGAAUCACCUGACUAGCAGCCGCGGAGGGGGGAGGAGGAGUCACGAGGAGGGCGGCUCGGCCGCGCCUCUUGCCUGUGAUCGGGCCCUCAGCCCUCCGCCCCGGCCCGCAUGCACCGCUGUCCGCACUGCUCCCCUGCCUUCUUCCGGGCUCCCAGAGCACCGCUAUGGAGAUGCUCUCCCGGCAUUUGAGGGAAGAAUUGAUUAUCCUCAUCCUGCAACUGUACUUUCCCAACCGAUAUUUGUUGAUGCCUGCCGUGUCCUGGGUACCUACCAAGGGGCACAGAACUGGAUCCGACUCGGACCCUGCCUGCCCUCAGGUUGCUUGAAGAUGAACAGAGAGAUCGGACCUCUGCAAAAAAGUCUGCAAGGAUACAUACCAUACUGUUGUGACCACUGAUGAUAGUCAUCACUAUGGAAAAACAGCAGGUUUGAAGUGAGAAGUAGGUAAACCAGGCCAAAGAACUUUUGGAAAUGAAGCAGACUGACUGAAGACCCCGUAUCUUGAGUGACAACCUUUCUGUGCCCAAACAAUGUGUCCUCUGAUUCUGGGUGUGACCCUGAACAACUGAGGAGGCAGCUCAGCUCCUGCAGCAGCUCUGCUGUCUCCCAGAUACUCACUCUCCCUUCUCUUAGGUUUUGAAUUUGUUAUGAAGAAAAAAAUUAAGAAUAGUAUAAACUACAAACAAGUUAAUUAUUUUAUCUCAGAGUGAAAUAUUAAUGUUCUUACAAUUAAAUCAUCAAUAAACUAAAGAGUCCCUUCCCACA